AUGAUGAAAGAUUAAGAUGUGUUAGAAUUUCAUGAUUAUAAAUAAUCAAUACUUUUGAAGAUGUUGAGAGUAUAUCAAGAAGUAUAUGGUGAUUGCGAUGGAGAUAGGAUAAUAAUUGAGGCUUACAACACAUAAAUUACAAAGCAAGAUUUUGACAACUUCGUUGUGGAUCCAAAUUAUGAGUUGAGUACCACAAUAGUUAUUCUCUACUUAAAUUACAUAAUAAAAUAUAGUUAAAUAACUUAGAAGAUAGCUCCUUAUUUUUUGAUAAUAACAAGUGAGGAUUACAAUGUAAAUAAUAAUUGAAAUAAGCAAGCCAUCUUUUGGGAAUGUUAUAUUGUAUGAUGGGUAACUGAUUAAUUAAGUACCUCUGGCUAAAUUCAAGUAUGACGGUAAUAAAUAAAAUGCUCCGAUUGUCAUAUUGAUGAGAUGUAAAAAUAAAUGGAACAUGAUAAUUUUGGAAUUGUAACCUUGGAUAAUAGAUUUUAGAUGUGACAAAAAUACAAGUUUUAAUGCAAUAUCAACGUUCGCAAGUUAAUUUAUUUUAGAUACUUUUGGGAUUUAGAUAAAGAACUUCAAUGAUUUUAUGUUGGAUUAUGAAUAGUUAGGAGAUUAGGGAGAUUUAAUAGUCUUUGCAUUAUAUAAAGUAUUUAUAAUGAAUUUGGAUUUGACAGGAGAUUCACUAUUGAGUAAGAGUGAUUAUACAACUGCAAAACGUAAAUUAUUAUGGUUGGCAUUAUCACAUAUGAAAGAAAGAAGUAAAGAGGAUGAUGAUGCAGAAUUUACAAGAAGGUUAAUAAAGAAACAGAAAGAGGAUAUGCAAAAGUAAAUGGAAGAGGAAGAAGAAAGAAAGAGAGAAAUAAAGAAUAAACUAUCUGAGAAAAAAAUGUAAGUUUAUGGUUUCUUGCAUACAGUAGAAUAACCAUAAGAAAUACGAAAAGUUGAAGAGACUGCAGAAUAGAUAUUAUUAAAGAAAUAAUUGGCUUAAUUUAAUGUGACAAGACCAAGGAAUAAGGUUGAAGCAUUCCUUACAAGAAUGAGAGUUAAAGAACCAUUUUAAUUUGAAUAUCCAGAGCCUCCAAAAUAUGAGGCACCAAAGAAAGAUCCAAAGGGAUUGGUAAAGAAUUUUGUUUAUGAAGUUGAAUGGCCAAAAAUAAGUCCUGGAAUUAAAUAAAUGAUAACACCUGCGUCAUAUUGUGUAUCAUAAAUAUUUUCUGAUACUCCAUUACAAUUGGAUUAGGGAAGAAUGGAGAGAGUAUAUGAUUAUGAAAUAUUGGAAUAAGUAGAGAAAUAAAAAUAGAAAGAAUAAUAAUAAUAAUAAUAAUAAUAAAGAUAAAUAGUUUAGAAAAAUGGGUCUUAUUUUGGAUAGAUUGGAUCAAGAGUAUUUGAUAGAAGUGAUUAUACAAAUGGAGUUGUAAUACCUGCUGGAAGAAAGAUAGUGAAAUAGAUUGAAAAAGUAGAUAGUAAAGAGAAGAAACUACAUAAGAUGGAAAUGAUGGAUAGAUGUAUUGAGUAAUUAGAAGAUGAAUUAUUUUUAAAUUAUUGA